UUCUUUUUUUAAAGUAUUAAGUAAACUCCAAAUGAAAUUAUCUUGGUAUUUAAGAUUUUUAUACGUAUUUAAAAGUUGAGGGAAAGGAGGGAUUUGUUGAGAAAUUGGGUGAAAUUUUAGAGAGAGAAGGGUGAAACUUGGAAUUAAUCAAAGAAGAGAAAAGAGGGAAAUUAUUUUAUAAAUAGGAAAAGAAAAGGAAAAGAAAAGGAAAAGAAAAGAGAAGAGGGAGAGAAGAAAACCCUAGCCGCGCCGCCGCCGCCGCCGCGAGCCACCGCCGCCGCCGCCGUCGCGAAACCCUAGCCGCCUACCCACGCCACACGCACAGCCGCGCCAGAAUUCGUCCAAGCUUCCUCGCACGCCGAAGCCGAGUCGAAGCCGUCCAUUCACGCGUCUGCAAGACGACUGGAAGCCGAAGCCACCCCUCGCGCCGCUUCGAUCCGAGGCAGAUCAGCCGAAACUCGUCGCCGAGAUCCAUCUCCACGUCGAAGCCGCGUCGCCAGCCGAACGCGUCUGCAAAUCGGAGCCGCGAACGCGCCUACACCCGAGCCGCACCGAAGCCGCGAACGCGCCUGCCUCCAGCCGACGGACGAAACCGAACCCGGAGCCACCACCCGCGCGUCCGAACCCGGAACCGCCCGCGCGCCCGAAACCGAAACCCGCGUCCGCGCCACACGUGCCCAGCUCUCCCCGCGUGCAGCCGCGCCGCGCCGUGCGUUCCGCGUAGCCGAGCCGCGCCCCCUCCCUGUAGCAAGCCGAGCCGCACGCGAAGUCCCUGUACCGAGCCGAGCCGCGCCUACGCCAAGCCGAGCCGGUCCUGUCUCCUUCCAGUCGAGCCGCCAAGCCUGUUUUGGCUCCUUCCACCUAAAUUUUUGGUAAUUUCCAAAUUCCCUAGCCUGCCCAGUAAUUAAAUGAGUUAAUUUGGAAAUUUAAUUAAUUUAAUUACUUUCCUCAAGAAGCAAAUUGGACCAAAUAGCUGCUGCAGCUUAGGACUUCCUCAGUAGGAACUCAUCUAGCAACAUCUCGAGGUAAGAGAUUUCUACUACUAGCCCCAUGUGAGAAUUUGAUGUUGCAUGUUCCUUCAGUGACAUACGAUGAUGGUUGGGCUUACGAUGUAUGAUAAUAUUUUAUCAUGAUCUGACGAAUGACAUGGCCAUACUUUGGCAUAAUAUUAUAGUAAUGAGAACCCUCGAACCAUAUGUGACUGUAUGAUAAGACUGAUGGACUUAUGAUGUAUGUGACUGUAUGGUAAGACUGAUGGACUUAUGAUGUAUGUGACUGUAUGAUAGGACUGAUGGACUUAUGAUGUAUGUGACUGUAUGAUAAGACUGAUGGACUUAUGACGUAGGUGACUGUAUAAUGAGGACUAUUAGUGACUGUUUGAUGAUAGCUGUAGUGGGGGAUGAGAUGGUGGUUAUUUUCUGAUGAUAAUUUGAUGACGUAUGCAUAUGUAUGUUGGGAUUGGGGUAUCUGUUAACUUCUCCUAUCUGAGUCGUACCUGCAUGGGUGUCCUUCGGGAUCACCACCUAUUUAGGACUGUUAGGCUCGACGGGGCGCCAGUCCAGCAUGACUAUAGAUAUGACUCGAGCGACUCGACGGGGUCCUCGCAUCCCGACGGUCCUAAGUGUCCCCUGGACACCGAAGACCAGAGUUAUGUCCCUACGGGGCGCAUGUUGCACGUGUUCGGGAGCGUGCCAGAGUUUGGGUACUAGUUUCAGGACUCGAUAGGAAUGUUAACAGGCACCUAGUGGGACUAGUAGUGGGUCCCUUACUGAGUAUUUUUAUACUCAUUCUCUUCAUUUCAUGUUUUCAGGUAGAGGACGAGGUAAGGGCAAGGGCAAACCGGCGAGCGAUUCGAAGUGAGACCGUGAAGGGCCAUAGGGGCUACCGCUUCCGCUUACCUUUAUUUCAGAUUUUCGCACUUGAGUUCGAGUACUUUCAUUAUUUACCAUCUUUAUGUAGAUAGGGCCCGCUUAGGGAUUUUAAACUUAACUCGUAUUUCUACAUGUUACUUUAACUAUCUUUCAUAAAUAAAUUUGCUAGAUUUCUUUGCAUUUAUUUACACCAGAUUUUAUGACUUAAACACUGAUCCUAGAUUUAGUAACCACUUCGAUUCAGCAUAAAGAGUCGGGUCGUUACAGUUGGUAUCAGAGCGCAGUGUUUUAGGUCCUGUAGACUGACUUAUGAUGUAAGUCAUUUUGUUUUGAUUUUACCUCACCCUAUGGCUAUACGGUCCUUCGUCACUCGCCAGGUAUGCCUAAAGCUUUACAAAUAUUAAGAUUGUAAUGUUGCCUGAUUAGAUUAGACUUAGAGAGAGAAUAUUGAGCUCUAGUGGUGAAAAAUUUGUUGGUGAAUUUUAGGAAGAAUGCCGCCACGUAGAGGUGCACGUCGAGGAGGUGGCAGGGGAGGCAGAGGAGCCGGUCGUGGCCAACCGGCGGAGCAACCUGCCGCGCCGCCAGUCAACCCCGACGUACCAGUCAACCCUAAUGCACCGGUCACUCAGGCGGAUCUCGCCGCAAUGGAGCAGCGUUACCAGGCCAUGCUGCAAGCUGCUCUAGCGCCGUUCCUCGCCGCUCAGCAGAACCAGGCCGCCCCUGUUCAGGACCAGCCUGUAGUCCCUCCAGCCCCUGUUCAGGACCAGCCCGUCAUCCCUCCAGCCCCGGUGGAAGCUCAGCCGGUGCCAGUACAACUGUCAGCUGAGGCCAAGCACUUGAGGGAUUUUAGGAAGUACAACCCGAAGACUUUCGACGGAUCCUUGGACAACCCCUUUAGAGCCCAGCUGUGGUUGACAUCCAUAGAGACGAUCUUCAGGUACAUGAAGUGCCCAGAAGACCAGAAGGUGCAGUGUGCAGCUUUCUGUUUGGAGGAUAGGGGGACUGCCUGGUGGGAGACUGCUGAGAGGGCGCUGGGAGGAGAUGCCAGUAAGAUCACAUGGGAGCAAUUCAGGGAGAGCUUUUAUGCUAAGUUCUUCUCUGCCAACGUGAAGCACGCCAAGCUCCAAGAGUUCCUAAACUUGGAGCAAGGCAAACUGAGCGUGGAACAGUAUGAUGCCGAGUUCGACCUGUUGUCCCGUUUUGCCCCUGAUGUGGUAAGGGAUGAGGCCGCCAGGACUGAGAGAUUUGUUAAUGGCCUCAGGUUAGACCUCCAGGGUUUUGUACGAGCUCUUCGACCAACCACUCAUGCGGAUGCUCUACGCAUAGCACUGGAUCUGAGCCUGCAUGAGAGAGCUGAUCAAUCUAAGGUUGUCGGCACAGGGUCAGCCUCGGGACAGAAGAGGAAGGCGGAGGCGCAGCCCGACGUAAUACCACAGCGGACUCCGAGGUCAGGAGGUGUCUUCCAGAGACACCGUCGGGAGCUGGCAGCAGCUGGGAGAACUUUGAGAGAGCUACCCACUUGUACUACCUGUGGGAAGGUCCAUGGAGGACAAUGUUUAGCUGGGAGUGGAGUCUGCUUCAGGUGCAGGCAGCCGGGGCACACCGCUGAUGCGUGUCCUCGGAAACCCUUAGAGACGACGCCACGUCAGCCUUCUGCUCCCCAGCAAGGGAGAGUCUUUGCCACGAACCGGCAGGAGGCCGAGCGAGCUAGUACGGUGGUGACAGGUAGAGGACGAGGUAAGGGCAAGGGCAAACCGGCGAGCGAUUCGAAGUGAGACCGUGAAGGGCCAUAGGGGCUACCGCUUCCGCUUACCUUUAUUUCAGAUUUUCGCACUUGAGUUCGAGUACUUUCAUUAUUUACCAUCUUUAUGUAGAUAGGGCCCGCUUAGGGAUUUUAAACUUAACUCGUAUUUCUACAUGUUACUUUAACUAUCUUUCAUAAAUAAAUUUGCUAGAUUUCUUUGCAUUUA